UUUUUCUAUUCCCACUCGCGCCAAACCCAAAUCAAAUACAAUUUUUUUUUUGUUUUCGUCUUUCAUUCACAACGAGUGAGUGAAUGAGCGAGCGCCGUGUUGUAAUCAGCGGAUCAAAAUCAACAGAAGCUAUCAGCGGAGCGAGUUGUUCAACAGCGCGAAAUAGCCAAGCAUUGCACAGUUAAGUGAGAAAAGGAAGGAAACGAAUCAGGCAAUCUUCAAUCAAGAUGAGUCCGCCGGCAUUGCUAAGCAAAGACACGCCCGACAUUGAGGAUCUGUUGGCGCUGAAUCCGCGCGUCAAGACGCAGUGCAGCGUGGUGCCCACUAAGCAGACCAAGGAGAACAAGAAGCACUGGAAGCGCAAUGCCGACCACCUGGCGGUGCCCUGCACCACAUUGGCCAACAACUUUGAGGAUAUCAAGCACACGACCCUGUCGGAGCGUGGCGCCCUAGAGGAGGCAGCACGCUGCCUCAAGUGCGCCGAUGCGCCCUGCCAGAAGUCCUGUCCCACGCAGCUGGACAUCAAGAGCUUCAUCACGUCCAUUGCCAACAAGAAUUUCUAUGGCGCCGCCAAGGCCAUCUUCUCGGACAAUCCGCUGGGGCUGACCUGCGGCAUGGUCUGUCCCACCAGCGAUCUGUGCGUCGGCGGCUGCAACCUGCAGGCCUCCGAGGCGGGCCCCAUCAACAUUGGCGGCCUGCAGCAGUUCGCCACCGAGGUGUUCAAGCAGAUGGGCGUGCACCAGCGCCGAGCGCCGAAUCUGAAGCCGCUGCCACAGCCGAACAAGAAGAUCGCUCUGAUCGGCGGCGGACCUGCCUCGUUAUCGUGCGCCACAUUCCUGGCCCGAUUGGGCUACGACGACGUCACCAUCUAUGAACGUCGCAGCUAUCUGGGCGGCCUCAGCGCUGCCGAGAUACCACAGUACCGUCUGCCCAUCGAUGUGGUCAAUUUCGAGAUUGAUCUGGUCAAGGAUGUGGGCGUUAAGUUCGAAAUGCAGCGUUCCCUUAGCACCAAGGACUUGACCAUUCAGGGCCUACUCUCUUCCGGCCACGAUGCCGUCUUCGUGGGCAUUGGACUGCCAGAGCCAAAGAUCGAUCCGAUUUUCAAGGGUUUGAGCACUCAGUCGGGCUUCUUCACGUCCAAGAACUUUUUGCCCUUGGUCUCGGACGGCUCGAAGCCAGGUCUGUGCGCCUGCAAAUCGGCCCAGGCGCUGCCCAAGCUCUACGGCAAUGUGAUUGUCCUCGGUGCCGGCGACACGGCGUUCGAUUGCGCUACCUCGGCGCUGCGCUGUGGAGCGCGUCGUGUGUUCGUUGUCUUCCGGAAGGGCUCGACCGGCAUACGGGCCGUGCCCGAGGAGGUGGACUUGGCGCGUGAGGAGCGCUGUGAGCUGAUGCCGUAUCUGAGUCCGCGCAAGGUCAUUGUGAAGGACGGCCAGAUCACGGGCAUGGAAUUCUGCCGUACCGAGCAGAACGAGCAGGACGAAUGGAUAGAGGAUGAGGAGCAGACUGUGCGCCUUAAGGCCAACUUUGUCAUCUCUGCCUUCGGUUCGGGUCUGCAGGAUGCGGACGUUAAAGAGGCGCUGUCGCCGCUGGAAUUCCGUGGUAGCUUGCCCGUGGUGGAUCGCCAAACCAUGCAGAGCAGCGUGCCGCAGGUCUUCCUGGGCGGUGAUCUGGCCGGCGUGGCCAAUACCACCGUGGAGUCGGUGAACGAUGGCAAAGUCGCCGCCUGGAGCAUCCACUGCCAGCUGCAGGGUCUGCCCCUGGACACACCCGCCGCCCUGCCGCUCUUCUAUACGGACAUCGACAGCGUGGACAUUUCCGUCGAGAUGUGCGGCCUGAAGUUCGAGAAUCCCUUCGGCCUGGCCUCGGCACCGCCCACCACCAGCGCAGCGAUGAUACGCCGCAGUUUCGAACAGGGCUGGGGCUUCGUAGUGACGAAGACAUUUGGCCUGGACAAAGACAUGGUCACAAAUGUGUCGCCGCGUAUUGUGCGCGGCACCACGUCCGGCUACAGGUACGGGCCGCAGCAGGGCUGCUUCCUCAACAUCGAGCUAAUCUCGGAGAAGCGAGCCGAGUACUGGCUGCGCUCGAUUGGCGAGCUGAAGCGCGAUUUUCCCGAGAAGAUCAUCAUAGCGAGCAUCAUGUGCGGCUACAAUGAGGCGGAUUGGACGGAGCUGGCCACCAGGGCCGAGCAAUCGGGCGCCGAUGCUCUCGAGCUGAAUCUGUCCUGUCCGCAUGGUAUGGGUGAGAGCGGCAUGGGGCUGGCCUGCGGCCAGGAGCCCAGACUGGUGGAGGAUAUCUCGCGCUGGGUGCGCAAGGCCGUCAAAAUUCCCUUCUUCAUCAAGCUGACGCCAAACAUUACGGACAUUGUGUCCAUUGCCAAGGCAGCACAUCGCGGCGGUGCCAACGGUGGCUCGGCCAUCAAUACGGUGCAGGGUCUGAUGAGCCUGAAGGCGGAUGGAACAGCCUGGCCGGCGAUUGGCAAAGAGCAGCGCACCACGUACGGCGGUGUCUCCGGCAAUGCCACGCGUCCCAUGGCACUGCGCGCCAUUUCAGAGAUAGCGAGGGCGUUGCCAAAGGACUUUGUUAUACUGGGCAUCGGCGGCAUUGAUUCCGGCGAGGUGGCGUUGCAGUUUAUCCAGGCGGGCGCUACGGUUCUGCAGGUUUGCUCGUCCGUACAGAAUCAGGACUUUACGCUCAUCGAAGACUAUUGCACCAGCUUGAAGGCGCUGCUCUACCUGAAGGCCAAUCCGCCGCCAAUUAACGGCGCCUUCUGGGACGGCCAGUCGCCGCCAACGCCAGUGCACCAGAAGGGCAAGCCGGUGAUCCACCUGACCGGCAGUGGCAACCAGACGCUGGGCUUCUUUGGCCCCUACCAGCAGCAGCGCGACAUCAAAUUGGCCGAAUUGCGCAAGGAGAAGGGCGCCCUGUGGGAUGCCGAACGGACGACCGUCGAUACCUCCAACACUGGCGCUGUCAUCAAGCCGGCGCCCAAGAUAACAGACGUCAUUGGUGCGGCCCUGCCACGCAUCGGCCCCUACAAGAGCCUCGACAACAAGCAGCAGAAGGUGGCCCUUAUCAAUGAUGACAUGUGCAUCAACUGUGGCAAGUGCUAUAUGACGUGUGCCGACUCCGGCUAUCAGGCAAUUGAAUUCGAUAAGGACACCCACUUGCCGCAUGUCAACGACGACUGCACCGGCUGCACCCUCUGUGUCUCCGUCUGUCCCAUCAUUGACUGCAUCACCAUGGUGCCCAAGAAAAUACCGCACGUUAUUAAGCGAGGAAUCGACGAUAAGGACAAGACAUUCUACACGCAUGCGCUAAGCCAAUGUCAAUAAUUAAACAAAAUAAUAAUAUUCAUUUACUGUAAUAGAAUAUUCCGAUCAUUAUGUUUGUCAACUAAAAAAUUC